AUGCACCAGAUUUACAGCUGCAGCGAUGAAAAUUUAGAGGUUUUCACCACUGUGAUUUCAUCCAAAUCAUGUAGUCCUGCCCGAAGACGAGCCAAAACUACGCAGCACAUCCUGACAAAGAGUGUGGUAGCCAUAGGCGAUCGUCGGCCCCACCAGGGUGACCUCCUCCAGGUGCUGUACAGUGACGACGACGUGCGGGGCCUGGGCUGCCGGCAGAGCGGGCAGCGGGCACCCUGCCCCGCCAAGGGUGCUGCCCAGCAUGUGGGAAUUACUGAACGAGAGUCAUCCAAGUCCUAUAAUCACCUGUUGGAUGGAAAGUCUUUGAUUCCUCCACCUCCAGUUGCCCAUAUCACAGUGAAAGCUGUGGCUGUCACAGGCUCACCCACACGUGACCGCAAUUCUACGGAAGACCACAGGCAGCGCUGGAGGAAGACAGCAGAAUAUGACCUGGCCCUGCCACCAGGAGCAGAAGCUUCCCUACCACUGACAGGAAGCAACCUGUGUGGCACUCCCAGUCUCCUGAGGAAGAUGUGGAUGAAGCACAAGAAAAAGUCAGAGUACCUGGGGGCAACAAAUAGUGCCUUUGAGGCGGACUGA